GUAAAUUGGAAAGCUCACGAUGCUCCGAAGCGGAGGUGAUCGAGUCCCUGGGCAUCAUCAUCUACAAGGCCCUGGACUAUGGCCUGAAGGAGAACGAGGAGCGCGAGCUGAGCCCGCCGCUGGAGCAGCUCAUCGACCGCAUGGCCAACACGACUGAGGCCGGCGGCAGCCAUGACGAGGGCUACGGGGCGGCGGACGAGGGUGCUGAGGACGAGGACGAGGGCCGGUGGCAGCCAGGGGCCAUCUGCUCCUACCGCGAUGUCAUGAAGAUGUGUGCUGCUCAUCUUCCGGCCGAGUCGGAGGCAGCAAACCAUUACCAGGCCGUGUGCCGUGCUCUCUUUGCGGAGACCAUGGAGCUCCACACGUUCCUGACCAAGAUCAAGAGUGCGAAAGAGAACCUUAAGAGGAUCCAGGAGAUGGACCAGAGUGACGAGUCCCGCGCCGACCUGGAGGAGCUGAAGAACGCGGACUGGGCGCGCUUCUGGGUCCAGGUGAUGAGGGACUUGCGCAAUGGGGUGAAGCUGAAGAAGGUGCAGGAGCGGCAGUACAACCCACUGCCCAUUGAGUACCAGCUCACGCCCUACGAGAUGCUGAUGCAGGACAUCCGCUGCCGGCGCUACACCCUGCGCAGAGUGAUGGUGAAUGGGGACAUUCCCCCGAGGUUAAAGAAGAGUGCCCACGAGAUCAUCCUCGACUUCAUCCGGUCCCGGCCGCCGCUCAAUCCGGUCUCAGCCAGAAAACUGAAGCCCACCCCUCCCCGGCCACAGAGCCUCCAUGAGAGAAUCUUAGAGGAGAUCAAGGCGGAAAGGAAGCUGCGGCCUGUCUCACCCGAGGAGAUCCGCCGGAGCCGGCUCGCAAUGCGGCCACUUAGCAUGUCUCACAGUUUUGACUUGUCAGAUGUGACCACACCAGAAUCUCCAAAGAGCCUCGGAGAGCCACUGCAGGUGAACGGGGGCUCGCUGUCACCAGCACAGCCAGGAAAGAGCGGGCCGAGCCCUGCCAGGCUGGCACCUGUGGCCCGGAAGAGGCUGCUCAAGGCCCCGACACUGGCCGAGCUGGACAGCUCUGACUCCGAGGAGGAAGCCCCACGCAAGUCCAGCAGCAGCAGCAGCAGCGUAUCCCCCUCGCAGCUCGAGGACCCUGUCCUGGAGGCCGUGUGCACAAGGAAGCAGCCUCCGAAGUUCCUGCCCAUAUCAUCCACGCCCCAGCCGGAGAGGCGGCAGCCGCCACAGAGACGCCACUCCAUCGAGAAGGAGACACCCACGAAUGUGCGGCAGUUCCUGCCGCCGUCCAGGCAGAGCUCCCGUUCUCUGGUUCCUAGGACGACCGGUGUAUGGCCCAGGACGCCUUUCCGACCGCUUUUCUCUACCAUACACACGGCUUCUCUGCUCGGCUCCCACCCUCUGGAAGCAGCCGUGUUUGGGGUGGCAGGGGCUGUGUAUUAUCUGUGUGAGAGAGCUUUGGCCAGCAGGUGGAGACCCGCACAGGAGGAGUUCUGCUACCCGGUGGAGUGCCUGGCGCUCACCGUGGAGGAGGUGAUGCACAUCCGGCAGGUGCUGGUCAAGGCAGAGCUGGAGAAGUACCAGCAGUACAAGGAUGUCUAUACCGCCCUGAAGAAGGGGAAGCUCUGUUUCUGCUGCCGAACCCGGAGGUUCUCCUUCUUCGCCUGGUCAUACACCUGUCAGUUCUGCAAGAGGCCGGUGUGCUCGCAGUGCUGCAAGAAGAUGCGGCUGCCCUCCAAGCCAUACUCCACGCUCCCCAUCUUCUCCCUGGGACCUUCUGCCUUGCAAAGAGGAGACAGUGUUCCAUCAGAAAAGCCCUCCGCUGGCCACCAUCGGCCGCUUCGGAGCAUCGCCAGGUUCUCCUCGAAGUCCAGGUCUGUGGACAAGGCGGAUGAGGAGCUGCAGUUCCCCAAGGAGCUCACGGAGGACUGGAGCGCCAUGGAGGUGUGCGUGGACUGCAAGAAGUUCAUCUCCGAGAUCAUCAGCUCCAGCCGGCGCAGCCUGGUGCUGGCCAACAAGCGAGCCCGGUUGAAGCGCAAGACGCAGUCUUUCUAUGUGUCCUCGCCAGGCACCGCAGAGUACUGUCCCUCGGAGCGGACCAUCAGUGAGAUCUGAGCCGUGCCUUCAGCCGCCCCUCCCGCACCCACUGGGCCCUCCCCAGUUACGAGGCUCGAGCUUGCAUUAGGCCCCACCUCACACACGUCAUCUCCAGGGAUGACGAGGGACAGACAGGUUAGGGGGACAGGGGGGUGAGACUGGCUUUGGCGUGUGUGGACGUGGAGGCUGGAUGCCGUGUCCUGCGUGGGCUCCCUGUGGUCCCUUGAUGUGUCCCCAACUAGGGUGCGAAGCUUCUCGGGUGAGAAGUCAGCCUGCUGGUGCCGCUGUCAGCACGCGCCGCAGCAGUAAGUCACAUUGGCACCUCUGCGCCACCGUGUCCUCCCCGACAUACGCCCUGGCUCCGGGUCCCUGCAAGGGCACUGACGCUGCCCAGCCCCCAAGGUCCGGGUCACACCGGGACUCCACCUGCACGCUGGUGCAGAGCUGCUAGCCCCAGGGUGGCCCAGGCCACAGCCCCGUGUCCCGUGGUGCGGGCCACGCCCUGCCCUGAAUGUAUUACCGCCACUAACAGUUUUAUGAUGGAGCUCGAGGCGGCGAGGUUCUGUGCCGUUUGGGGACCCAGCACUAAGUCUGAGCGGCUGAGUAUUCUGGUGACGAGGCCGUGGGCGCGAAGGGUGCAGGGGAAGGAGCUGGAGCUCAUGCGUCUGCAGUGCGUUUUUCAUAACUUUAUAGUGCAGCUUUCUCAACUAAAUUAAGCCACAAUUUAGUACCUAAGGUCUCAAACUGAAGUUUAUUUUUGUAAAUGAAUUUUAAAAGAAAAAGAUACCUAGCCGUUUGAAAAGUACAAGAAAGUUCCCUUGCAUCCGGCAAGAUGUUGGGACGCUCUGCUCUUUCCCUUGAGGGUGACUUAGGCAGAGGACCCGGUGUCCCCUGCAGGUCACAGGACCCCGGCACUGCGCGUGCAGAAUCGGAGUCUCAGCCUUCAUGGCCCAGGCCUUAGCUGGCCUUAGUUACUGUGGUGUACCGAGGGUCGGCAGCCAAGUCACCACGGCGUCUGGAAACCAGUCAGUACGCAUGCACGGCGCUUCCUGACCCAGGACACAGCGUGGCCACACUCGGCCUUCCCCGGCAGGCAGCCGCUCCACCCUCCCAGACAGGCCCGGCCUCCGGUCAGGAACAGUAAUACCUCAGAACUGCCCCAGUAGUAGUUUUUAAUGGAUGGAAAUUUACAGUUUAGUAAAUGGCUUUAAACUACUUAAACUUAUGAAAUAAACUUUACGAAUUGACUAAAAUAA